AUGACGGAAAAUUCACUCUCCACGACCAUCACAACCGAUGUCAUAAAGCGCAUUUGUGUCAAGACUGGAUUUUACCGCAACCCAGUAUGUAAUGAAAAGCUUUACCUGCACAAUAAGGGAUUUGAUAGUAUUGAAGAGGGUGCCUUUGAUCCUUACACGGAUGUGAAGGUGCUUUGGUUGGAGGGCAAUGCCUUCACUGUUAUUCAUUGCGGGAAAGAUAGCCAACCAUGCAAUGUGCAGGCGGAGGGGCAGGGUGCAGGAACUGAAGAAGAGGUGAACGCGUAUACGGAAGCGAGCGCUACUGACACGACACAGGUUAUGUCCAAAAGUGCCCACUUGGAUUGCUGUGCGGACUGGUUGGAAAGAUCUCAGGUGGAUUCCUCGGGUGCUGCAGGGUGCGUGAGGUCGGCAGAAUAUGGUAUAAAUAGUAAAACCGAUGGCGCCGCGGCGCUUGCUUUUAAGUCGACUGCCACCAAGUCGUCAUGUAACGCGGGAAGGGCCACCAAGGACGUGUUUCAAUCUCUCUACCCGACGCUGCGCCAGUUGUAUUUGCAUAACAACGCAUUGCGACGUAUGCCAGACUUAAGUUCGUUUCAGUUUCUGGACUCCGUUAACUUAUCCAGCAACUGUAUUCGCUCUGUCGAAGUCUCCUGUGCGCCUUUCGAUAAAAAGGCUGCGCAAUACGAGGAGGAGCUGACCACGAAGGCUAAUGCUAUUGUGGCCAACUCCAAGAGCAUGCAGCGCGAACUGAAUAGUUCUCCCACCGGGGGGAAGUUGUUGCAGCAGCAAUCCGACGAGAUAACCGAGGAUGCCACCGGCAGUCCAGAAGUAACGCAAGAAGAAGGGAUACAUAUCAAUGAAAAGGUUAGCGGUGACGGUUGUGAUGUCGGAAACGCAGUUAAUGACCCCGGGAGGGAUGGGAACUUGGAGGCAUGGUGCAAACGAUUGGAUGCAUAUGCCUCCUUCUGUCCGCAUAAACCACUGGAUCCGCUAGAAGAUGGCAAACCUCUUAGUGAGGUCCCUGACGAGUAUCGCACUCCCUGUAGUUCCCUCCGUACACUAAAUCUAGCUUGUAAUUAUCUCACCGCAGCGAACGACAUAAUUCAGCUACUGUGCUACAAGAACCUUUCGGUACUGGACCUCAGCAACAACCAACUUGCCGAUGGUGAGGCAGUUCUUCUCGUAUUGGAGCGAAUGUAUCGUCUGAGGGCCUUGAAGCUGUCUGGUAAUCCCCUCGUGAGAACCAUUCCGCGGUAUCGAAAGACCGUACUCGCGCGCUGCAGCAAAUUGUUUCAUCUGGAUGACCGACCAGUUUUCGACGGUGAGCGGCGCCUUGUAACGGCGUGGGCCCGUGGAGGAGAUGAGGCCGAAAAAAAGGAGCUAUUACUGAUGAAACAAGAGGAGAGAGACCAACACAUGAGGCGCCUCCGGGAGUUCCGUGAAACACUGGGGCUCGCCGCUCACGGGGGCUUAGGAGCGUCCGAAACGGUCAGACUCUCGGCUUCUGGAGCACAUGUGGAACGUUACAACGAUCAAGGGCGGGAUAAUCGAAUCUUUAUUGAUAAUGACAAUGUUGGAAACAUCAACGACGAUGCUGAGCUGACAAGUUCAGAAACUGGUGAAGAAGACAGCAACGAGGCGGUGGCUAAUGGAACCAACAACAAUCGACGUGCUUCCGGGAAUGAUGCACCGCGGGCCUUUACUUCAAACACCUCUCACGAAGGCAUCAGUGAUCCUGAGAUGUGGCGAGACGUAAGUGUGACCAAUUUCACCGGUAGUGACGACGAGGAUGACGACGGUGAUAUAUUUAUCCCACCGAGAAACUGA